AUGGACAGGCUGGACAUGGAAAUCAAGAUGGAAUGUCAGGUUAGAGCCUGCAUUGCAUGUGCUUGGUGCUGUGCUCUGUCCCAGAAAGUCCAGUUGUAGAACAAUAUGGUUAUUAUGUUGAGAUUGAGAUAAAUGAUUUAUCCCACUAUUGUAGUCUACAAAGUAACUUCGGCCCCACGCUACUUGGGCAGAAGUGUCUGGCCUGCCUACAAAGAGCAAAAUAAGGUUGUAGAUAAAGGUUAUAGGUAGGCCUAAUAUAAAAACAUUUCCUGUUUUUAUCAUUUUUGGGUUGAUGACAAAAAACACAAACCGACAGACAUCACACAAAUAUACAUUUAUUGCCCCACCCCCCUUCCCACCCACAGGACCACCUUAUUUUAGUAAUAUUCCAGUGUAGCUCAGUUGGUAGAGCAUGGCACUUGCAUUGGUUGGGGGUUCGAUUCCCACGGGGACCAGUAUGAAGAAAGUAUCAAAAUGGUGCAGUCGCUCUGGUUAAGAGCGUCUGCUAAAUGACUAAAAAGAAAAUAUAUCAAAGAAGUGAUUUUAAACUGUUAAUAUUGUCCGAUUUUGCACCAUGCAGUCAAGGGAGAUUGAUAGUUCAAUUUGUGCUAUGACCAUGAAUGAGGAAAUCCAUUGCUGAUAUGGCAGAGUGUGUGGGGCUGGCCAUCUUAAGGCAACCACAUUCUCUUGGCUGCUGUAUGUUAGGUUUAGUGUAAAGUCAUCAUUAAGCAGUAGCACAUUGGAAAGACAUGGGAUGGAUUUCGAUAAAAAGGAGAAAACCUCUGGGCACACCCAGAUGAUAUGAGUGAAUAUACCAGGAGUACCCUGGGGGCAGAGCAUACAGACAGGGGUUGGAUUUCUGUUCAUCUGAAAACGUUUUUUGGGGGGAGUUGUAUGUAGGCUAAAUUGUAGCUGGUGAUUUGGUGAUUUGGGUUUCUUGAUGAGAAUGUAAUAUUGUAAUAUUGGACCAGACAGUACUCCAGUUAAUUACUGCUGGUAUAUCUUUGUUCCAAUUUGAAUAGAUUGGUAAUUGAUGAUAUGUUGCUUCAAGUAGGAAUAUCUAUAAUUUGGAGACUAUGCCCUUACCCUUGCUGUCAAUAUUUUGUUAAUUGGAUGAUAUACUGUAUCUGAACCCCAGGGUACUAUACACGUAGAGCAGAGAUCAUUUCUGAGAUCCUUUUCGAAUUUAUCAUAAAAACUGAUUCAAUCAUUGAAACUUUAUCAAUAUGAGAGCUUAUCAUGUCCGAAUAUUUGCAAUGGCACCCGGUUCACAUAUUGACAACACAACUGACAGGCAUAGUGCGCAAUGGAUCUAAAUCAUAGGAAUUCUCACGGGGCCGAAGGAAAGUGUUAUAGGCUUACUGUAGGCCACAGUAGCUGCAGAAGAUUGGAUUUGAUAAGGGUCACUUGUUCUAGGUCAGUAAUGCCGGCACACACACUCACGGAUGAGAUUAUACCGGUGACUAGCACGCGCUCUGCCGCCGCUCAGCUGUUUAAAACGUUGCAUUUCUAUAGGCCUAGUAUGUCUAUGAGCUAGUAAGACUUCGCAAUUUGAAAUGUUGCUGUUGUUUUUGUCUUUUUGGAGAUGUAAUUUGGAUAAGGAAUGACGGUGGUAAAACCUUCGUUUUCUACACUUUUGGGUUGGAAUAAAAGUAGCCCUCCUCAUCCUUCUGUAGCAUGGUAAGUGAUAUAUAUUUGUAUUCCUAAAUAAAAGCGGGAAAUGUUUUAAUGUCUUAAUUUCUGUUCAAUAAGAAAUAGAUAUAGCCUAUAUCAUAUGCCUACAUAUGGAGUAACCCACAAAUGAUCAGACACAUAGGCAGGCUACUUGUGUUUGAUAGGCCUACCACAUAAUCAAAUAUUAUGUGGUUUCUAAUGGAUGAAUUUAGGCUAAGCAUUGAAUAAAUUGUUAUCUACAAAAGGUCAUAGGCUACUAUAGUCCACAUGAGGUUCAUAUUACAUAUGGCCAUAGGCCUAUUAUCUGCAAGAUAGGGAUUAGGCUAUGAUAACCUGUCCACCUCGGUCAUAUUCAAUCAGAUAAUCCUCUUCAAACUGAGCCGUUUACAGCCUGUACAUUUCCUGACAGUGUAAAAUCAUUCUUGCUGUUUCAUUUAAAUAUAGCCAAGACAAUGCCAACACUGUUAGAAUGUCUUAUCACAAAAAAGACUGGUUCGAAAAUCAAAGUGUGUGAUUUAGGCCUGUGUAGCUCCCUUUGUAACAGAUACAUAAUUAUGUGCAUAACCCUUAUAUACAAAUAUUGAUUGGUUGAUUGAUUUAUAAUGCAUUUGUAUUAAGAUUCUCUUCUUGUCUUUCUGUGUCCAUGUUGACAGGGAGUUGGGGUCUACAUGUUAAGAACAUCGUCUUUGGCCCUGCUGUGACAGUCUGCUUAUAGCAGCUUAUAGCGUGUGUUAGCCUCCUUGAGAUGAGACCACCGCUCUGUGCCUUCCACAGCAAACCUCCCACAUGGGCAGAUAUGGACACACAUCUCCUGACCACCCCAAGGCACAUCCCUUCCCCCUUCCUCUCUCUCCUCUCUUUCCUUCCCUCCAUCUCUCCCUCUGUCUCCAUCAGUAUGAUGUCCUCUGGAUAUGCUUCCUAGCCCUCCAGUGCCUUGCACCCCUUGGUCCCCUUGGCCCCUCUGCUCACGCCGGCCGCUUCUGUGUCGGGGUGGUGGGGCCAUGGUCAUGUGACCCUCUCUUCGCCAGGGCGCUGCCGAGCGUGGCGGCUCGGCUGGCGGUCGACCGUAUCAACAGAGACCCCGCCCUCUCACUGGCGGCCACUUUUGAUUAUGUCAUCCUGGAGGAGAAGUGUGAGACAUCCAGGGCUCUGGAUGAGUUCAUGGGCUUCUAUACCCGUGCUACAGGCUUCAUAGGACCAGCCAACCCUGGGUACUGUGACGCUGCAUCGCUACUGGGCAAGGGCUGGAACAAGGUUGGUGAGGGGUGGUGGUAGUAAAUGUGAAUAUAAUGGAUGGAUUCUAUUAAUUUAAUAUAUUCUAUUCCAUUCCAUUCCAUUUUAUUCCAUUAUAUUCCAUUCCGAUUCAUUCUAUUCUAUUCAAUCCUCUCCUCAGGCAGUGUUCUCGUGGGGGUGGCUAUGGCUAUGAGCUAGAUGAUGCCCGGAACCACCCUACCUUUGCCCACUCCAUGCCCCGGCCCACCUGGGUGCUGCUCAGCCUCAUGCAGUACUUUCACUGGGCACACGUUGGCAUCAUCGCCUCCACUGAGGACAGCUGGGUGGAGACCGCCAGCAAGGUACUAUCAACACAACACUACACUACACACGUUGAGAUCAUCGCCUCUGCAGAGGACAGUUGGGUGGAGACCACCAGCAAGGUUAGCAGAGAACAUGCCGGUUGACUGAAGAGGAAACAGAAGGUUUUAUUAUUAUGAUGAUGAUGAUGAUUAUUUAUUUAGGUAUUUAUUUUCUUUCUUUCUUUUUAAACAGAAUGUUACUGCGUUGGGCACUAAGAAAAUAUAUGUCAUGUUUUUUGUGACCUCUGACCUCUCUGAAGGUGGCCAACUCUCUGAGGAGUCAUGGGAUGCCGGUGAGGCUGGUGGUUACCAUCGGUAACGAUGCCACUAGGGUCAGAAAGACCCUGGCCAAGCUCAAGAAGGUGGAGGACCUACGCUGUGAGUAUUGAUAUCAUACACAUGGAGAAAUACUACUUUGACUAUACAUCUUUUGAGGGGAGGAAGCCACUUUAUCCUAUUGAGAAAUACUCUCAGUUUGAAUUCUUCACAAAGUGUGACUAGAUGUUGUUGUAAUAUGGUGGAGCUCUUGCGUUCAGUCAAGUCAGAUCAGUGAUCACUUCAAAGAAGGGCUCAAGGAAAGAUGAAUUUACUGUACAUGCAAACUACCGGUAAGCUUUUCCUCUUUUCCUUUCGUUACUCCCCGCUAGUGGUGAUCAUGUGUAUGCACUCCGUCCUGAUCGGAGGGGGGGCCCAGAAGCUCCUACUAGAAACAGCCCAGGACAUGAAGCUGACAGAGGGGUCCUUUGUGGUCCUACCCUACGACACCCUACUCUACAGCCUACCCUACCACAACAUCACCUACCCUGCCCUAAGGAACAACAACAAGCUACUGAAGGCCUAUGAUGCAGUGUUGACCAUCACUAUAGACUCACCCAAGAUGUCUUUCUACCAGGCCUACCAGGAGGCUAUAGACAGGGGAGAGAUAGCUGGGGAUGUCAAGCCACAACAGGUACAAAAAUAAAGAAAUUAAGUCAGCUCAUGCUUUUUGCUAAACCACAACAGGUAAACACAUAAUUCUGGUGUGUGUGUGUGUGUUUGUGUGUGUGUAUGUGUGUGUGGUGUGUAUGUUUUUAUCUGGGGGAGGUGUGGGUGUAUGCUUCUGACUCUGUGUACUUGUGAACAGUAUCACUGACCAUGUGUGUUCUUGUGUUUAUGCAAAUUCUAUUCUAUUCCAUUAUAUCCCAUUGCAGGUGUUGUCAUCCCUAACCUACAUGUCUCUCUCCUCUCCAUGUGUCUCCUCUGUUUGGGACCAUCUACAGCUCGGUCCUGUUGAUGGCCCAUGCUGUCUACAGGGUCCGGGCCUCAGGGGAGUGGCUGUCUGGGGGAACCUGGCCCGACACACCCACCAUCUGGUCUUCCAGGUACAUGGAUAAUGAGGAUUUAGGUUAGCAUCAUAUUCACUAUGAAGUGUACUACAAAAGGGUUCUUCGAUUAUCCCCAUAGGAGAACCCUUUUUGGUUCCAUGUAGAACCCUUUUUGGUUCCAUGUAGAACCCUUUUGGGUUCCAUGUAUAACCCUCUGUGAAUGGAACCUAAAAGGGUUCUACCUGGAACCAAAAAGGGUUCUCCAAAGGGUUCUGAAUGUGGACAGCCGAAAAACCCUUUUAGGUUCUAGAUAGCACCUUUUUUUCUAAGAGUGUACCCGUAGGGCACUGGUGAAAAGUAGUGCACUAUAUAGGGAAAUAGUGUGCCAUUUGGGACUCAGCCUUAAUGUAUUAUGACCGAUCUGGAUUAUAUAGUGACACACACACACACUCCUUUCCAGGGCUUCAGCCACCCCAUGAGGACCAACAGGUCUGGUGCUAGCCUGGCUGACUAUCUGGUACUGGACACAGAUGGGAAGACCUGGGACCUCAGGCCCACACACAGGUUGGAAUGGAGGAGUGGGUUAGAGGUGGUGGUGUGUGCCGUGUGUACGGCCCUAACACUAUUGUAUACCUACAAGAUAGACAUAGCGGCUGACAUGGUUAGUUUAGGGUUAGGAUUAGUUAUAUUACUAUAGUAAUAUUGGUUGAGGUUCCUGGGUAGAGACAUCCACAAUUCCCCAACGGUGUUCCUGAUUUAUGGUUAGGGUUAUGAUAGUGUAUUGAUGAUAUUGGUUAUGGUUCUACAGACUAAACAUGGCAGCAGACAUGGUGAGGUUAGGGUUAGGGUUAGCACUAGUGCUACUGUAGUAAUAUUGGUUAUGUUAACCAUAACCCCCUCCCCUACAGGAUAGAUAAGGCUGCUGACAUGGUGAGGUUUCUGGGUCGAGACAUCCACUUCCCCCACGGUAUUUCCCCCAAGACUGACUCCAACUGCUGGUUCAUCAACGGCAUCAUCUGCACUGGAGGUACACACACACAUAUGCACUAGACAUGCAAAGACACACAAACACACAUUCAAAUGCUCCACAAUACAUGCAUACAGCAUGGUUUUAGUAACAUAAUGCUAAGUUAUAAAAUGCUGAAAUGUUUUCUCUAGGUGUGGAUCCAUUCUCAGCGGUUGGGAUCUUCCUGGUUUUCGUCUUGUUUAUUUUGACCUACUGCAUCAAGCAAUCUCAAUAAAAAUGAUCUUCCUAUACACUCCCUAUACACUGUAUAUCACUGCUCUCCAACCCUGUUCCUGGAGAGCUACCAUCCUGUAGGUUUUCACUAUAACCCUAAUCUUGCAUAUCUGAUUCUAAUAAUUAGCUGGUUGAUAAGCUGAAUCAGGUUAGUUACAACUGGGGUUGGAACGAAAAUCUACAGUAGGGUAGCUCUCCAGUAGCAGGGUUGGAGAGCCCUGCUGUAUAAAGUACAAGCUACUGCAUCAAGUAAAGCUCUACAACAUGCCUACACAUACACUCCUCACAUUUACUUGUGUACAUACUGGCUAGGCUAGAAACCCAAACAAAUGGGAAAGAUAGGCAUCAUCUAACUGUUAACAUGUUAAAAGGCAAUUCCACCACAUUUCAACCUCAUUUUAAUUAUCUCCAGCACCAUACCAGUGUCUACAUACGGUAUGAUCUGUGGUUAAAAAGAGAACAAAGGUCCAAAAAAAUUAUUCUCUGUGACAUCACAGGUUAGGAUUAAAAGUAAGAAAAACUGAUUUUCAAAACCUGCAACGAGUUUCUAGCCGGAGGGAGGGUAUUGUCUUUUUCCCCACGUCGCUGCGAAUCUCAUGUUUGAAAAUCACAUUUUAAAAACAUUUUUGAUCAUGUCAUCUGGAAUAACUUUUUAACUUGAUAUGUUUUUCUACAAAACGUAGAAAUGCUAGAUUUUCACAUAUAUAGACACUGGUAUUGUGCUGGAGAUAAUUUAAAAGUGGUGGAAUUGCCCUUUAAGUGUCUGACCACUUGAUGUAGAGUGAACUAUCCUUGAACUGUUAGCAUUGGCACUUUUAAGGGAAACCCCUAGAGUGAACGUGUAAUCCUAUUUGUUAUGGUCAUAGUGAGGUCAAACAUCCAUCAUCUUUCUUUGUUUAUGUCUCUGUCUCUUGUUUCUUAGGCGACACAUUAACCACAUCUGGUUGUUCCGGGGUCCCAACAAGAUCCUGCUCACCCUCAAUGAUGUCACCUUCAUCAACCUGUCGCUUAGCAACAAGGUCAGCCAAGAAACUCUAAACUCCAAAACUCUCACCAAAAAGUAUUGUGAAAUGCUCUCAUAAACAAUAUGUAAAUGUAGGCUUAUUUUGCUGGGCGUCUAUGACGAUUCCCCACUGUUUUCCCUCACGGUUGGGAAAUGAUGAAUACCGACUACGAAUACUGGUGGAUCGUUCCACUGAUACAGUGGCCUUUUUGUGAAGUGUAUCUUGGUCAACAAAAAUGUUUGAUUUCACCUCAUUUUUACAUUCUGAGCACAUGUUCAACUUCAUAAACACAGUUUCCCAUCUCAACAGGUUAAAUUAAAUAAUUACUAUAGUAAGUGCCUAUUAAGUGACAAAUAAAGUUACAGGGUUGACAAUUUCAUCUUAAAUCAGCAAUACAUCCCCUUGUGACAGGGGGAAUGGAAGCUUGUUGUGUGCAACAGGAAGUGGUAAUUGAAUGCAAGCAACAACCCAAAAAUGUAAUGCUCAAACAUUUCUAGCCCGUCUAUCUAUGAGGGUUGAUGUGUUAUGCUCCACCCACUGAGUUUUCUACCACAAAACACCAGCAAAUGUCCAAAGAGAGUAGAACCAGCUCAGCUGCUUUUACACGAUGAUUUGAAUAUUAGAUGUUCAAAGUUUCUUUUUGAAAAAUAUAUUUAAAAAGGAAUUAUGUCACCAUAUUAAAACCAGAAAUCAGUUCACGUAACAGGGUUGACCUUAAAAAGAGGGACAGACCUAAAUGAAUCACUAAUUAAAUCAAAUAAAUAAUAAUCUUCCAAAAUGACUUUGUCAAAGCAACAAAGUAACUACGGCUUUACAAUGAUGGUGAAACUUGGAGACAUUUUUGGAUUUCUUCCUAGAAGUGACACAGGAUUGAUGGAGGGACAUGUCAAAAUGCAGAAUUUUGGCAGUUUAGCAAGCCUUUAUUUAUAUAAAAAAUUUAAUGAAUUAUCCAUGUGGUCUAUAUUAAAGGGCACUUCAUUUAAUAUAACAGGCUUUUAAAAUGCAAUAUUGGUGUACAAUUUCUACUUAAAAUAUCAAAGGGCACUCUUUUCGUGGAACGACCCUGGUGUAUUAGCAGUCAUGAUUGAACCUAUGUCUUCUAAGAUGUCUGCUGUGCUCCAGAAGCUGAGUAUAGACGACAGUAAGAAGUUAGACCAGUGGAGUCUCUCUGAGGAGCCUGUCACAGCGCAGCGUCAUGUCCCCCUUCUCUGAACAAUCACCUGCUACCUACGAGAACUCCAACAUUGUCUUCUAUGAGGUGAGAAAGGGCAGAAUGGUUGUUUGAUUGAUCAAAUGAUUGAUUGAUUUGUUAUAAUGAACUUAAUUAAAUACAUGUUUGUGAUGAACAUCUGAGGGGGGAAAUUCUUGACUAUUUAAUGGGACUCCAAACUAGGCUGACAAAAUGGGCUACACGGCCUCAUCUCCCUAGUACCCAAAUGGCUAAUGUCCAAUUGCUAGAAAAUAAACUUUGUGAACUCAGAGCAAGGCUUCAAUUGCAGAGGGACAUCAGGGAAUGCUGUGGCUUUUUUUUUUUUUUUUACAGACAAUACACUCGACUCUGCUAUUCAACCAGAUGGCUUUUCCAUUUUCCAUAUGGAUCGAAUGGUGGCUUCUGGUAAGAGUAGGGGGGAGGUGUAUGCUUCCUCAUUAACAAUUCCGGGUGUACUGAAGCUGAAAACAUCUCAAGCUCCUGUUCACCCGACCUGGAGUUUCUGAUGUUUAAAUGUCGAUCCCACUAUAUGCCGAGGGAAUUAGCGUGUGUCAUUAUCACAGCUGUUUACACACUGCUACAAGCAAACCCCCGGAAGCUGUCUUUAUUGUCACGGGUGAUUUUAACCAAGCACGUUUUUUCCCCCACAUUUUUCCAAAAUAUCACCAACAUGUAUCCUUCCCCACGAGAGGAAACAACUUGCUGGACCAUGUAUAUACAAACAUCUGUGAUGCGUACAAAGCCAUUCCCGCCCCCACUUCGGCCAAUCAGAUCACGUCUCUCAGUUCCUACUCCCAGCCUACAAGCAGCAACUCAAGAGGGAGCCACCAACACAACAAAUAUUGAGGCGCUGGACAGAAGAGGCAGACUCAAUGCUGCAGGACUGUUUUGAGAAUACUGAUUGGAAUAUGUUCAACGAUUUAUCCACCCAGGACUCAUCCAUCAACAUUGAGGAAUAUACUGUACAUCGUCAGUCACAGGCUUCAUUAGGAAAUGUGUUGAUGAUGUUGUACCCACAAUAACAAUCUGGACAUACCCCAACCAAAAACCCUUGGUGAUCGGAGAUAUCCGUACUGCAGCAUUCAAUGUCACCAGAACGAACCCCGAUGACUCGGUGGUGCACGGCGCGUACAAGGCAAGCAGGAUUGAGCUCUGCAAAUCCAUUAGGGACACAAAAAGACAAUAUAGACUCAAACUUGAAUUGAUAUUCGACAACUCAGACUCGCAGCGCAUGUGGCAAGGACUGUAGACUAUCACAUACUACAAAGGCAAAUCCAGCUGUGUGGUGCCCACUGAAGCCUCACUCCCAGACAAGCUUAACACAUUCUAUGCUCGUUUCGAGGAAGACAAUACUGAGCCAUCCAGGAAGACUCUCGCUGCUCCGGACGACCAGGUGCUUUCGCUCUCCGAGGCUGACUCUCAAACUCUCAAAGGAGACCACAAUGGAGACCACAAAGCCAUCGGCCCAGAUGGCAUCCCUGGCCGCGUCCUCAGAGUGUGUGCUGACCAGCUGGCAGGCGUCUUCUCAGACAUCUUCAACCUGUCCCUGUCCCAGGCUGUAGUCCCCACCUUCUUCAAGGAGACCACCAUCGUCCCAGUGGCCAAGGAAAACAAGGUCACAUUCCCAAAUGACUGUCGCCCCGUCGCACUCACCCCAGUCAUCAUGAAGUGCUGCGAGAGGCUGGUCAUGGCCCACAUCAAGGCCAGUAUGCCAGGCACACUGGACCCUCUCCAAUUUGCCUACCGCUCCAACAGAUCCAUGGAAGAUGCCCUUUCGCUCGCUAUUCACACGGCAAUAACCCAUCUGGACAAGAGGAACACCUAUGUGAGAAUGCUGUUCAAUGACUACAGUUCAGCAUUCAAUACUAUUGUUCCCUCCAAGCUUGACACCAAGCUCAGAGCCUUGGGUCUGGACACCACCCUCUGCAACUGGAUCCUGGACUUUCUGACGGGCAGACCACAGGCUGUGAGGAUUGGCAGCAACACCUCCUCCACACUGACUCUUAACACAGCCCCCCCCCCCCCCCCCCCCCCCCCCCCGCCCCCCCCCAUGGGUGUGUCCUCAGCCCUCUGCUGUACUCCUUGUUAAGCCACGACAGUGUGGCUUUGCACGACACCUACUCCAUUAUCGAGGUUGCUGACGGCACCACGGUGGUAGGCCUGAUAAAAAACAACGACGAGUCAGCCUAUAGGGAGGAAGUAAGUGAACUGGCAUUGUGGUGCCAGGACCAACAACCUCUCCCUCAAUGUCAGCAAAACAAAGGAGUUGAUUGUUGACUUCAGGAAGCAGAGGAGGAACAUUCUCCGAUCCACAUCAACGGGACUGCUGUAGAGAUAGUCAGCAGUUUUAAGUCCUUCGGCAUCCACAUCACAGAGGACUUGACAUGGACCUACGACACCAUCCCUCUUUUCAAGAGGGCACAACCGUGGCUCUACUUCUUAAGGCGGCUGAACAAAUGCGGCAUGCCACCCCGGGUCCUCUCCAAAUACUACCACUGCACCAUCGAGAGCGUCCUGACCAGUUGCAUCACGGCCUGGUAUGGGAAUUGCUCCUUCCAUGACCGCAAGGCCCUCCAGCGGGUGUUGAAGACGGCCCAGUACAUCACUUGUACCCUGUUCCCACCCAUCCAGGACAUCUACUCGAAACAGUGCAUAAGGAAGGCCCUCAGCAUCAUCAAGGACCCCACACAACCGAUGGUAUUGUAGCAUGAGGUCUGAUACCAACAGGCUCAGAGACAGUUUCUAUCUACAAGCCAUCAGACUGCUGAACACUUGAACUGGAGUGACCACCUGCACUGACUCUCUGCACCUUAGCACAAAUGCACUCACUCACACACACACCCGCACAGAUAUACACUCAUACACACACACACACACACACACACACACACACACACACAAACACACACACACAGUCUUGCGCAGCUAACCUUGUGGGGACAUACAAUUCAGUCCCAUUCAAAAUCCUAUUUUCCCUAACCCUUAACCCUAAACCUAACCCUAACCCUAACCUUAACAAUAACCCUAACCCUAACCUUAACCCAAAAACCUAACCUUAACCCUAACCCUAACCCUAACCAUAUCUCCUAACUCUAACCCUAAACCUAAUUCUAACCCUAACACUAAUUAUAACCUUAACCCUAAAUCCCCUAGAAAUACCAUUUGACCUUGUGGGGACCAACAAAAUGUCCCCAGUUGGUCAACUGAAGUGUAUGUAAACUUCCGACUUCAACUGUAUAUAUACAUAUUUUUUACCCUUCAUCAAUCUACACACAAUACCUCAUAAUGACAAAGCAAAAAUGGGUGUUUAGAAAUGCUUGCCAUUCAUCUGCUGCCAUCAACUCAUGUUUAAGCAUGAUAAUGCAUGGCCCCAUGUCACAAGGAUCUGUACACAGUUCCUGGAAGUUGAAAAUUUCCCAGUUCUUCCAUGGCCUGCAUUCUUACCAGACAUGUUACCCAUUGAGCAUAUUGGGGAUGCUCUGGAUCAACGUUUACAACAGCGGGUUCCAGUUCCCGCCAAUAUCCAGCUACUUUGCACAGCCAUUGAAGAGGAGUGGGACAACAUUCCACAGGCCCCAAUCAGCAGCCUGAUCAACUCUAUGCGAAGGAGAUGUGUUGCACUGCAAUGUCACACCAGAUACUGACUGGUUUUGUGAUCCACACCCCUACUUUUUGCAUAUCUGUAUUCCCAAUCAUGUGAAAUUCAUAGAUUAGGGCCUAUUGAAUUUAUUUCAAUCAUCUGAUUUCCUUAUAUGAACUGUAACUCAGUAAAAUCUUUAAAAUUGUUGCAUGUUGCGUUUAUAUUUUUGUUCAGCGUGUGUGUGUGUGUGUGUAUACAGUACCAGUCAAAAGUUUGGACACACCUACACAUUCCAGUGUUUUUCUUUAUUUUUACUAUUUUCUACAUUGUAGAAUAAUAGUGAAGACAUCAAAACUAUGAAAUAACACAUAUGGAAUCAUGUAAUAACCAAAAAAGUGUUAAACAAAUCAAAAUAUAUUUUAUAUUGGAGAUUCUUCAAAGUAGCCACCCUUUGCCUUGAUGAGAGCUUUGCACUCUUGCCAUUCUCUCAACCAGCUUCAUGAGGUAGUCACCUGGAAUGCAUUUGAAUUAACAGGUGUGCCUUGUUAAAAGUUAAUUUGUGGAAUUUGUGGAAUUUCUUUCCUUCUUUAUGCGUUUGGAGCCCAUUGGUGUGACAAGGGUAGGGGUGGUAUAAAAAUAAUAAUAAUAAUAAUAUGCCAUUUAGCAGACCUUUUAUCCAAGCGACUAAGUGCGUGCAAAUUUUUUGUGAAUGGUAUACAGAAGAUAGCCCUAUGUGGUAAAAUACCAAGUCCAUAUUAUGGCAAGAACAGCUCAAAUAAUCAAAGAGAAACGACAGUCCAUCAUUACUUUAAGACAUGAAGGUCAGUCAAUCCAGAACAUUUCUAUAACUUUGUUUCUUCAAGUGCAGUUGCAAAAACCAUCAAGCGCUGUGAUGAAACUGGCUCUCAUGAGGACCGCCACAGGAAAGGAAGACCCAGAGUUACCCCUGCUGCAGAGGAUAAGUUAAUUAGAGUUAACUGCACCUCUGAUUGCAGCCCAAAUUAAUGCUUCACAGACUUCAAGUAACAGACGCAUCUCAACAUCAUCUGUUCAGUGGAGACUGCGUGAAUCAGGCCUUCAUGGUCGAAUUGCUGCAAAGAAACCACUACUAAAGGACACCAAUAAGAAGAAGAGACUUGCUUGGGCCAAGAAACACGAGCAAUGGACAUUAGACCGGUGGAAAUAUUUCCUUUGGUCUGAUGAGUCCAAAUUUGAGAUUUUUGGUUCCAACGUCUUUGUGAGACGCAGAGUAGGUGAACGGAUGAUAUUCGCAUGUGUGGUUCCCACCGUGAAGCAUGGAGGAGGAGAUGUGAUGGUAUGGGGGUGCUUUGCUGGUGACACUGUCGGUAAUUUAUUUAGAAUUCAAGGCACACUUAACCAGCAUGGCUACCACAGCAUUCUGCGGCGAUACGCCAUCCCAUCUGGUUUGCACUUAGUGGGACUAUCAAUUGUUUUUCAACAGGACAAUGACCCAAAACACACCUCCAGGCUGUGUAAGGGCUAUUUGACCAAGAAGGAGAGUGAUGGAGUGCUGCUUUUGACUGGUACUGUGUAUAUAUAUAUAUAUAUAUAUAUAUAUACAUAUAUAUAUACAUAUAUAUAUAUACAGGUAUAUAAUGUUCCUCAUCCCCUCUCCUGUCUUCUCAUAGGUGGAGACAAUAGGCGAAUGCCUACAUGGUGGCAUCAGGGUUACCGGUUGCCAACGGAGAUCGGCACGCGGCAGAGAUAUCCAACAUGGCGCUGGACAUCCUCAGUGCUGUGGGCACCUUCAAGAUGAGACACAUGCCUGACCUCCCUGUACGCAUACGCAUAGGACUACACUCAGGUGAGAUAGAGUGUGGUCACAUACAGCUAAACACACACACAUACACACAUACCUUACCUCACCUCCCCUUACCUCACCUCUCUGUGUCUAUCCAAUAGGUCCGUGUGUAGCAGGGGUAGUAGGACUGACCAUGCCCAGAUACUGUUUAUUCGGUGACACAGUCACCACUGCCUCUCGUAUGGAGUCUACUGGGAUGCGUAAGUUACAUAUCCAUGUAUAAUAGAUAUGUAACGUAGUCUAUGCACUGUUGUUGCUUAAAAGUGAAGGACUUGUCGUGGGUGCAUGAUUGACUGAGCCAGGAAGCUUCUUUAUAAAGUGUGUAUGCAUUUGAGUUUGUGAUUGUCAUGCCGCCUGUAUUUGCAGUGUACAGAAUCCACAUCCAUAACAGCACAGUUAAAAUCCUCCUGGAUCUCAAGGCAGGAUACAAGGUGCAACUGAGAGGCAGGACAGACCUUAAGGUAAAAGUCACAGGUAGAACUGACUACUUGGUACCACCAUCAUGUUACAUACAGUAAGCUCAAGAAUACUUAGAACUCCCUAAAACUCCCUAGAACUCUCUAGAACUCCCUAGAACUCUCUAGAACUCACCUAGAGAACUGCCUACUGAACUCUUUCUCUCUCAUCUUUCCCUGCCCUCUCUCUCUUUCUCCUCUGUCUCUCUGUCCUCUCCCCCUCUCCUCUUUACAUGGAAAAGGAGGAACAGAGGAGACCUACUGGCUUAUAGGGAAGGACAACUUUGAGAAACCUCUCCCCGUCCCUCCCGAAUUCAAGAAAGGGUAUGGAACGCCCUCCUUCCAUCCCUCCCCUGUCUCUCCUCCACUGUCUGUGUGUCUUUCAUUGUUGAUCCUGCCUCUGUGUCCGGUUCGUUUCCACAGGCAAAUGGCUCAUGGCCUGCAGAUGGAGGAGAUAGCGAGGUACAAGAAGAAAAACUUCAACAGCUUGCAAAGAAGAAUAACUGAAUUACAUAAGGUAAUGUUAUGCAUGGAAAAUUUAUAACAUUACUUGUUUGGCUAUGUUUUUACUUACUGUAGUUUUGGACUUGGGGCUAGUUGUGAUCCUUAUAAAACUUUUUUGUUUGGCGUCACCCCACCGCCAUUUAUAUUAAUUUGUUGGUCACUGAUGAAACUCAGUUCUUCUACUUUACAAGUUUGAGGCCGGGAUUCUGUCAAAGGCACAUUGUUGACAAUGCACCUUUGAUUGAAUCUCAGCCUAAGUUUCACUUGUAACCUUAGUGAUAUGAUACUGUAUGUGUAGAUUUAAUUCUAAGUUAGUAUUUCUUUUUAAAUUAUCAGCUAAUAUAGAACAUGUAUGAAAGCUCUAUUGCAAAUUUGAUAGAGCAAACCAGAAGAAAAGAGAACUUACAAGACGUUCAGAUACAUAUAAAGUAGGGCCGGGACAACACCAGUAUUGCGAUACUUGUUAGUAUCGUGGCAAGGAAACAAAACACAAAGCGGAUUUAACUUCUUUAGGAAAACAGCUCCAAUGUUGGAAACAAACAUCAUUAUGUUGUCAUCCAGAGUCACAUUUAUUUAUUUUCCAAGCUAUAGCACACAAUAUUUUACAUAGUGCAGGUUUUUAAAGGACAAAAUAGUUAGGUAUGCUUUGUGUUUUCAUUUUUGCCAUGGAAAGAAUAUUGCGGUACUGGUGUCGUCCAUGCCCUAAAAUGAAGCACGUACUAAAGUUUCCUAUCAGCUGCCAAUAAUGCUGCCUACAGUAUGUGUGGAAUCCUACAUAUGUUGUUGUUUGUACUGUAUGUUAUGCUUAUAUAUUUCUAUUUUCACCCCAUGAUUCUUGUGUGUGUUCCGUAACGCUGUCAUUUUGUGUAGUCACAUAUUUACCAGGAUUAGUUGUCUAAAUGAAUACCCAUUUGCUGCCAAUACCAUGUCUCUUCAGCAGAGUUGAUUCUCCCUGGUAGUUCGUUGAUUGACAAUUGCGUCCACUCCUCUGGUUGGGGAAGGAUGAAAACUGGGAUGGAAAUUAAGCUAGUAGUAAAUGUGCCCAACUAGCCCACCGGCUGGUGAAAUGUUGUCUUUUUAAAUAUUGCAUGGCACAGAUUUAGGACCGGGGCUUGUAAAACUUGUGGUCUAUUAGCCCGGCUGACCAGUGCCCAAAAUCCUUAAGUUCCAUCCCUGGAUGAAAACCAGCAGCAGUCUUAUUGCCAGUUAGACCACCAGGCUUGGAUUUUUAUGCCCCCUAGUAGAGCCAUGUAUUUAGAGAGUUGGGCCAAGUUUUAGAAUUUUCUAAUUCUAGACAUUCAGUUACAUAGCAUUAGUUAUUAUUUCAGGUCCUUCUGCAAAGUGUUCCAAGAUGAUGGGGCAGCAAAGCUAAAAGCACUCUUACCAGACUCCGUUCUUGUAUUGGGAACAUUAUAUAAAACUCUCUCUCGUCUUCCAGGUCUGCCCAGGAGAUCAUCAAGGACUUCAAGCGGCUCCUCCAGAAUGCCGUGAAGAAGAUCUCCACCAUCAGAACGGUGAUUCAGAUCACUAUGGUGGACGACAACAACGUCAUGAUGCACCACCACUGA